GACGAGCUGACUGACAUAGAAGCAUUUUCCCCUGCUGAUUUAAUUUGCACCUGCUUUAAUAGCAUCUAUCUUCCUCUUCACCGAACACCAUGAGGACAAUUAUGUGCUUGGCUGUUGCCAUAGUGCUAGUCGUCAGCGCAGCUGAAGCCUUGCAAUGUGAGCAGUGCAGUAUUGGCAUUUUGGGGAGAUGUCUCUUUCCAGAUCAGGUGGAAUGUGACGCGUCUUCACCCAACUGUUAUACUGGAGAAGCACAGUUCAAUGCCACAGGAUUCCUGAAGCUCCACACACGUGGGUGUCUGGAUAGUGACCUGUGCAAUGAGACCAUCACAGGCACCAUCCUGGGAGCCGGUUUCACCUCCUCCUUCAAAUGCUGCACCACAGACCUGUGCAAUGGAGCAAGUGCCAUUCACACACCCGUCUUUCCCUUGGCUCUGAGCACCGCCCUAGUGGCCAUGGCUCACUGGCUCAGCUAGAUCUCCGAGAAUAAAUAAAGGUUGAAUUGAAAUCGGGAAAGAUCAGGCCUAUAUAAUACAGAUGUUUAGGGUAGGAAGGGAAAAUUACAAAGAAAAGAUAUUCACAUCCAUUAGAAAUGUAUUUGCCAUACAUUGAUGGAAGUUUUUAGAGAAGGUGUAAGCAGCAUAGCCUAUAUUCACCUGCAAUUGUUUAGAAUGGAAAAUGAUUCAGCAACCAAGAGUGAAAUACUGAAUUAUAGAUCACACAUAUAAAGCUGUUCUCACUUGGACAACACCCUGUUUUGUUACCCACACUCAUUUUUUGUGAACUAAAGGUGAUGUAACAAUAUUAAAUUACCCCAUCUAAAUGGCUCUUUUAUUGUUCAAUGUAAGACCAACCAGCUUGGGACGAUUGCUGAUAUUUCUUUCAAUGAAAUCAUAAUCACACCAGAC